UAUUUGUCUCGUGGCUGAAAUAUCGUUUCUCAAUCGCCUUUUCAUCGGACGGGAAGCUUGAUCGUAGCCAAGUAGCCUACCUGAGAUUCUUGACUACAGCUCGGGUCGGUUGGAGACGGAAAAGUGGACCACUGCGGGAGCUUUCAUCACCUCACCUGUGUCCUCCUGCUCUUUUUGAGCUCCUUUCACAAUGGGUGUCCUGAUAGAACCCAGUGAUCCACACGACCGAGCAGACAAAAUGGUCACAAUCACAAGCAUCACCACGCGGGAUGUCCGCUUCCCUACCUCCCUCGACAAAACCGGCUCCGAUGCCAUGAACGCAGCAGGCGACUACUCCGCCGCAUACUGCAUCCUCCACACCGACAGCCCUCACUCCGGCCACGGCAUGACCUUCACCAUCGGCCGCGGCAACGAGAUCGUCUGCCACGCCAUCGCCGCCCUCUCCGAACGAGUCAAAGGAAGAACCCUCUCCUCCCUCGUCGAAGACUGGGGCAAGACCUGGCGGUUCCUCGUCGCGGACUCACAACUCCGCUGGAUCGGACCCGAAAAGGGAGUCAUCCAUCUCGCGCUCGGAGCCGUCGUCAACGCAAUCUGGGAUCUCUGGGCGAAGACGCUAAACAAACCCGUCUGGCGAAUCAUCGCCGACUUCACCCCUGAAGAAUUCGUGCAAUGCAUCGACUUCCGGUACAUCACCGACGCCUUGACGAAAGACGAAGCCCUCUCCAUCCUGCGUGACGCGGAAUCAACCAAGCCCCAACGCAUCGAAGAAGCCCUCGCAUCCCGCGCCGUGCCCGCCUACACCACCUCCGCCGGCUGGCUCGGCUACGGCGAAGCGAAAAUGAAGUCCCUGCUACAAGAAACCCGCGAUCAAGGCUAUCGACAUUUCAAACUCAAAGUUGGCACCUCCCUCGCUGAAGACAAACACCGCCUCAGUAUCGCCCGGGAGGUCCUCGGGUACGACAAGGGGAAUGUCAUCAUGGUGGACGCGAAUCAAGUCUGGGACGUGCCGGAGGCGAUUGCGUAUAUGACUGAACUGGCGGAGUUCAAACCCUGGUUCAUCGAAGAGCCGACUUCACCGGACGACGUGUUUGGUCACAAGACGAUUCGGGAAGCGUUAAAGCCGAUGGGUAUCGCGGUGGCGACGGGAGAGAUGUGUCAGAACAGAGUCAUGUUCAAGCAAUUCCUGCAACAAGGAGCGAUAGACGUGUGUCAAAUCGACGCAUGUCGAAUGGGUGGUGUGAACGAAGUGCUGGCUGUGCUGCUCAUGGCGAAGAAGUUCGGCGUGCCGAUUGUGCCGCAUAGUGGUGGCGUGGGACUGCCGGAGUAUACGCAGCACUUGAGCACGGUGGACUAUGUGUGUGUGAGUGGGAAGCGCUCGGUGUUGGAGUAUGUGGAUCAUUUGCAUGAGCAUUUCUUACAUCCGAGUGAGGUUGUGGAUGGGUUUUAUAAGACGCCGUUGGAGGCGGGGUAUUCGGUGGAGAUGAAGGAGGAGAGUAUGAGGAGGUUUGAGUUUCCGGGUGAGGAGGGGGUGAGUUGGUGGAGGACGGAGGAGGCGAGACCGAUUUUGGAGGGGGUGAAGAUUUGA